ACGAGUUCGACCAGAAUUCUUCGGUGAGUCUUCUUUCACUCGAUACUAGACCAUCCAGCUGACCAGUGACCAGACCACGUCGCUCAAAAGACAUGCGAUGUCAUUCGAAUCUCGGACCGAGAAUCAGCUCUCCCCACGCCACCUACCACACCCGAGCUUCACAAUUGGUGGGAGAACAAGUCGCGUCCGACCGAGGAUGAGGAGUUACCAGAAUUGAGCGACUUCAUCAAAGGUCUGGUCGUUCAAAGCAACGUCCAAAUGCCGACGUUGAGCGUCACCCUCGUCUACCUCGAUCGACUCAAGGACAAACUUCCCGCCGCCGCCACUGGUAUGCACUGCACACGUCACCGAGUCUUCCUCGCUGUCCUCAUUUGCGCUGCCAAGUACCUCAACGAUUCUUCACCCAAGAACAUGCACUGGCAAAAGUAUGGUCGAUACUUCAGUCUUGCCGAGGUCAACUUGAUGGAAAAGCAGUUGCUCUACCUUCUUGACUACCACCUUCGAGUGGAAGAGGAUGAACUCCUCGACAGUCAACGCGUCUUUUGGAGAUCACUCGAAGCUACACCUGAGAUGCCAUCCAAGCGAGUGGUGGCUGCUCCCGCCGCUCCGGAGCCAUCUUCCAAACGUAUUCGCACGCCUCGUGUGACCUACCAGGAGAGUCUUCCAUCCCCAGUCGCCAUGAAACAAACAGCACCAUGGUCAUCACGACGGGAUUCUGGCGUCCUGACUCCGGAACAGUCACCGCCCAUUGUUCAACGACGACAAUCGUCCAUCACUUCUCUCUACUCUUACGCCUUGUCGACUCUUCAUCUCGACUUGGCUCCCGUUCCAGCCCUUCUUCGACGAUCCUCCGGGUCUUCAUCUUCCUCCAUCUCUUCUUCAGAAUCGGAAGCCAGCGAGACAGAGCCAACCACGCUGGUCUACCGCACAUCUCAGGGUCAGCUAAAAGCCGAACCCGUCAAACAACAGUCAAAAUUGUCAAUCAGUGAAUCUUGGGAACCUCUGUCUAAAUGGGACUCUUUGAGGACAGUUAGAAAGGUCGUGCCUGGUGCAUAGACCCGUUGUAGCAUAGUUUGUACGCAUAGACAUACCUUGCAUGGAUACGAUUCAUUGGG